AUGGCCCGAGCUACCCAGUUAACUGACCUAGAGUCACUCAUACAAGAGAAUCCAACAAUCAAUUAUAUCCCACCAUCUUCUCCGGACUACACCAACGCUCGAAUGGUUUAUAACGCUUCGCGUACUGACAACCCACUAGCUAUUGUCCAGCCACAAUCGCACUCUGACGUUUGCGUCCUAAUCAAGUACGCCAAACGCAAGUCUUUGCCCUUCACUUUGCGAUCGGGCGGACACAACUUAGAAGGCCGCGCAGUUGUUGAAAAUGCCUUGCUCAUCGAUCUUCGUGCCUUGACCGGCGUCACCAUCGCAAGCGAUCGGAAGUCUGCCACUAUCCAAGGAGGAACAUUGCAAGGCGAAGUUGGAAACACACUGUGGAAUGCGGGCCUGGGUACCCCAAUAGGACUGAUACCAUCUGUCGGCUACGUUGGUUGGGCCGUCUACGGUGGAUAUGGGCCGUUUUCCGCGCACUGGGGUUUGGGUGCAGACCAGAUCAUCGGCGCGACUGUUGUCAACCCCGAUGGCGAGGUUAUUCAUGCCGACGAUGCUCUUCUGGAAGGUAUUCGUGGCGCUGGUGGUCUUUACGGUGUUAUUCUUGAGCUCGUGGUUAAGGUUUACUCAAUUUCUAAGGUAGGUCCUGGGUAUCCUGAUCUAAUAUUAUCGAAUUGGGAGCCAAAUACUAAAGUUCUUAAGCUCCUGGCCGGUCCAAUUAUCUUCGAUCCCACCGAUAUUCACAAAACCUUCGUCCAGUAUAAUGCUGAGUACCGAAAACUCGAGGCAGAGGAUAUCCCUGCUGAAUUGACUCUCCAACAAACUAUAUUCAACGGCCCUCGGGGACGCGCUUUUGCCAUUAGAUUUGUCUGGGGUGGCGAUGACCUUGAAGAAGGCCAGUACUGGAGCCGGAAAAUUGCUGCCCUUGGUCCUGUUAUGGUGAACGCCAUUGUUCCAACAACAAUACCGGAAAUAUUAGCCAAUACUGGAGCCCAUGUACCACCGAGAGUAUAUGGAUCCGCUCUUACUCAUAAUGUGAGGCUCAUUUCUUCGGAGACUGCUGAAGCAAUCGGGCGCGGCAUUGCCAAACUGCCAAACAAUCCCGGCACGAUGAUGUCCAUUCAUCAGCUCCGCGGAAAAUCGACGAAAUCUCAGGUUGCUUCGGUCUUUGAGGCGCGGGAUCCGCAUUUCAUGCUCGAGAUUCUUGGGUUUUCAAACGAGGCUAGCAUGCAGUCUGAGGCAGAGGCUUGGGCAGCGGGGGUUGCAGAGGAUGUUUUACGGGCGUCUCCGGGCAAUGUUCUACCAACGGGCUAUAUUUCGCUUUAUAAUUCUCACUUCCAAGCAAAUUCAUCGGAGGAAUACCUUGAAAAGACUUACGGAUCGAGGAUCGAGGUUUUGAAAAUUCUGAAGUCGAGGUUUGAUCCGGAGAAUGUGUUUGGGUUGACUGUUCCUACAUUGAAUACAUUGAAAUAG